AUUUGAAUAGGUGCAUCAUGAACAAGUGAAAGAGGCCCAGUCAGAUAUAGGGUUGUGUAUUCUUUAUUUUGCUAAAGACAUCGAGAAAACGCAAAAAGCCGUGCUGAAAUGGCGAUUUUCUUCCUUCUCUGCACAACAAUUUUGUUGUCUUCUCUUAGUGGUAAAGGUGGGUUGUAAUUUUCAGAUCGAUAUGAAAUAUUUUUUCUACCAUUGUUUAUUAAUUUACCCGAAUUUUUAAGAAUCUUAGCGAGAUUUUAUCUAAGUAGCUGCAUUCGAAGUAUUUUUUUCUCAUACUAGUAAAUCUGGGAAUUGUGCGAAGUUUGUAGUUUUUAUUUGGUCUGGAUGCUUUUUUUUAUUUCUCUUAUGAUUAUUUGCUGUGUAUUCAAAAUUCGCUGUUUCAACGAUUCCCGUGACGUAGUUUUUUAUUACAGUUACCUUUGCUGCUCGUAAGUCAUUUGAAUCUUAACGUUAUCUGCGAAGCUAGUGGUUCCCUACCUUCGCAAGGUUAAGAAAAAAAGCAUAAAAAUUUACUAAACAGACGAGCGUGGAUCACCAGCACAGCUAUUUCCAUGUCGUGACGGGACGCAUUCGUCAUAACGAGUACGGAUAUAACAACCUAAGUAGCUCUAAACUGAUUUUAUCGCUUGAAACGGAUUAUCAAGAUUAUAGCCCCUUUUAAAAAAAAAAAAUCCUACGAGAUCACGGCACCUUAGCAUAAAUAAAAAAUGGCCGAAGUUUCAGUCUCUGUGAAACUGAGUGGAGCUAAUCGCAUCUAAAUUUCCAUGAUUCAUUACUCGCUACAAGCAUCCUCUUGUUUUUCCUUCAAAUAUUACGAUACGGUUUGAGGUACGUAUUACGAUCACGUGCACCACGCGAGCGGUGAGCGGCAAGUCCGCAGGACGCUACAAACGCCAACGGCGUCAUCGUAUAAAGGCCUUAUUUAAAAAACGCUUUAUUUCAGUCUCUUGAAAAGUAUAAUGUUUUAACGGUCAUAAAAUACAAAAAUACACCUCUGAGAGCGAUUUCAAAUCCCCUUGAUUCAAACAGAUUUUGCCCUCAAAAAGAAGUUCUAAGAUAUUAUCAUAUAUGGCUCGAAGCCAGUACCAUAAAUAUCACAUAAAAACCUUCCUGUCAGUUAAGAUCAGAGUGCGUUUUGUAGUUUAUAGAACAUGUUAAAACCUAUGACUCUGACUUAAUAGCUAGUGUUACAGGCGAUAAAAUACACUAACUAAUAUCCCCUUGCGUGACUGGAUAAGUUAUUUAUUGUAUUCGUAUCAUGGUAUCAUUCUAUCGUAGGUCCGCUCAUUUUUUGUUUUAAAUAUAGCCAGUUUUUAGAAGAUAAUCUUCAAAGAAAAUUUAGCGUCAUGUCUGCAGGUACCGUCUGGAGCCGCUACAUUACUUGAUAUUAUUGUUUGGACCCCCCAUAUCUUUAGCAGGUGUAUAACACGCCUAAUCGUUAACUGAAAAGUAAUGGGCCAUGUUUUGUGCCAUGCAUCACUUCAAAUUAGCAUGAUAAUUAGUAGGAGCAAAAUAUAUAAUUUAAACCAGCUAAAAAAUAUAUCUAGCUUUUGAUAUCAUUAUGAUGAUCAGUUAGGAAAAUUUAGGGAGACUUCCCUUUCGUCAGCGACGAAACAAUUGAAAUGCUGCGGUUAAAGCUGCUGGCCCUGGCAUAUCAAGCUCAACAGCCGAAACCUCCUACAUUAAGGUCAUACGACCUCUAAAAAUAUACUGGUUAAAGCUAGAACUUGUUAGAGUGGACGGUGAAACUCCUUCGUUGACGGAAAUAACGUAUGCACGCUUCAGUUGCACUCUUUACGUUGAAAUGACAAUUCAUUAUAGGAUUGAAUUGGCAGACAAAGUCAGCUUGGUGAUUUCCAUGGGAUUAGACCUGAACUCAAAGAAGGAGCUCUCUUCGCAAUAAAAUUAACAUGCAAGAACAAAAACGUGCCAAAUUACUUCAUAUUGGUUGCUUUCUGCGCCUCAAUAAAAUAACUAUCAUCUCAAUUCAUGUUUUACAAAAUCCUCUGUGUUGUCCACACUCGCCCUUGCGUAUAACAAAACAAAACUAAAGAAACGUCUUGUAGUUCCACGCUUCUUUUUUUGCAGGCAUAACUGUUUAAUGCCCCAUUCACACCGGCAAAGCUUAAAUAUAUUUUAAAAGCUGUUUAGUUGUGUAUAGAAUUGUUUUCAUAAAAGCUGUUUACCGAUUUUUGUCAACUACAGAUUUAGUAAAACAUAAUGAAAGCACAAGUAAAAGCUUACUAGAAUCCUAUGUAAAAGCCUUGCAUAACUAAGCAUGAUUUUGGUGGUGUGAUGAAAUGGGGAUCGAGUGAAUCCCUCUAUAACCCCAUGGAAAUGUAUAUGUAUUCAAUCGAAUCUUCUCCGGGGAAUGGCCGAUGUCAGGUGCAUAGUGAUAUUAAAAGCCUUGUCUCGGGCCAGAUAGUGACACGAGUGACAGGAUUCUCAAAAAAUGUGUUGACAGCCGAGUUAACAUUGUUUUGCUAUGUUGUAUCACGAUGAAAAGUCAGUUUAAACCCGCUGGAAUGUUUUCACCAAAUUGUCACAUCAUCGAAACGUCGAAGCUGUUGCACUGAUCCGCCAUCUAAACUUUAUUGAACUUGUUCAAGUGAAGUGUUGCUAUAUAUAGACAGGUUGAAAAAGAACGUUUUGACCCCAUCAGCAAGUGCUAAGACAAUAUUGUGGCGAACGUCUGCGGCUUAGCACGCGCUAAAACGUGUUGAAGAGGUUAAGAAUUCUUACCUUAAAAUGUUACUAAAAGAGAAAAACAGACAACAGCAACAAAAAACACCAACUGCAACGGCAAAGUGAUAUAACGACAGCAGUCAUCUUUAUUUCCUCUAAAAAAUAUACAGAAAAUAAAGAAACCAAACACUAAUAUGGGUUAUAGUGACAUAUACUCAGUACAUGUCUACGUAUGCAGCCAAAAAGCUUUCAAGUUGGCACCUGUUUCCCAGUUUAUUCGCAAAUAAACUAUAGGAAGUGAAAAACAAUUUUAUCAUUUUGUCAAAGUACAUUUUAUAACUUGUUUUACGUUAAGCAAGGCCAAGAUAUAAUAAAAAGUAUACCAGAAAAAAUUAUUAAUUUUUUAAAUAACUCUCCUUAUUUCUUAAGUUACAGUCAACUUAUAAGUUUAAACAUGGUGGAUGGUUUGCUUCAGGAGUCAGCUUUCUAAUUAGUAAAACAGUAGGGAGCACCCGGGAAAGAUGAUCGCGGGUGUCCCUGACGCAGUGAAUUGAAGUACCCGGCUAUCGAUGAUAUUCUGUACCCUAAAGCUAGUCAGGUAUUUGAAAUUGGUCCAUCGUUAUAUGGGCUGCAUCACAAAGACGAGCUGUUGGCCCUGGCCCUUAGUCACAACAGCCUGACGGGGAGGGGCUGGGGGUACUGCUCAUCUGUCCACUCCUAAGAGGGGGAGAUUAACACCGAUAAGGAAGUUUGAAGAACCUUCCGCACGAGCUCAAUGUAAAAAGAUCUGGGUUAGACGCGCAUAAAAUGAAUCAGAGAGUAAAUAAAUAAAUAAUAGCAAACGAUAACUAGCUUUAUACAAUUAAACAAGAACAGGAGCGUAUCAAGAAGAACACAAAUUAUCACUUAACACUAAUUGCAUUUAUUUUAUUUGGAUUUGCACUGCGGUGUGAUUUCAAGAGAGGUUUUACCAUAAGCAUUAUCUUUAUUUGUUCAAUCUGUGGACAUGAUUACGUAAUACUAUGUUUCGUUUUGCACAGUUCAUUGUAAAUGCACAAAGUUGACUAAACCACAUAGUGACCAAGCCACAUCACUCGUUUCGAAGAUAUAUAGACCGUCUACAAUGAUUUACACCGUAAUUUUAUUUAUUUGCAUAAAAUUUUGAUUCUAAUAAUUUCCAAAAUAUGCUUUGACUCGUUCAUGAUCCGCUUAAUCUAGAUAAGAGCUUGAGUGGCUGCAUGGAUUAUUCUCUAUGAUCCGGGUGGCGCAUCCGUAAUCGAACAGCAUGUCCGGUAAAUGAGUAGAGUUUAACUCUGCAUUGUGGAAACCUAAUUUGGAAGAAACACAAGGUAUAGGUAAUCCAUUGGCAACGUAAUACUAGGGAUAUCAAGGAAACCAGUAUACCCGCAGUUCAAAAUCGACUGGAAGUACAUACAUACAUACAUACUUUAUUGCAUAGCUCCCCCUUGGGGGCUGUUCCGCCAUACAUACACGAAUUAAAAUAAAAUAAAAGAAAAUAAAGUAGAAAACUAUUUACAUUUCGAUGAUAAAAUAACGAAUUUCUGUAAAUAAUAAUGAUAGUAAUAGAACAUUAAUUUUAAAGACUAUUUACAUUUCGAUAAUAAAAAACUAUCUAUGAAUUAAAAAGAUAUUGAAAAAUUCUCUUUUUGAAACGUUAAGAUUUCCCGCGUCUUUUAUAUCUUUAGCUAUAGUAUUGUACAGUUUUGCCCCACGGUAGGUGAAAGUCUUUCGGCCAGUGGCCAGCCUAUACCGAGGCAACGUAAGGUCAUUAUUCUGUCUAGCGACUCUUUGGUUAGUUUUUGAACGAUAUUGAAAGCGUCCGUGAAGGUAACCAGGUGUUAGGUUAUUUAAGCAUUUGUACCCCAUCACUAGGUCGUUAAAAAGCGGUUUAUUCCUAACGCUAAGCCAUUUAAGGGACUUCAGGGCUUCUGAAACAUGAUCGUACUUUCUUAAACCGCAGCUACGAUUCUGCAGACAUAGCUCUGAACUAGCUGAAGUUUCCUAACGUUCUUCUUGCUCGUGCUACUCCAUACCGUCGAACAAUAAAAUAAUUUGCUGAAAACGAAAGCAUUUACAUAUGAGAUAGAUCAAUGUUUUUUUUUUUAUCUAAGAGAUGCUUUGUCCUAUUAACUCUCGUUAGCUUCAACAUACAGUCGGAGGCAGUUUUAAUGAUAUGUUCGUUAAAGUUAAGAUGACCAUCUAUAUACACUCCCAGGUCCUUUGCAACUGUUACAGGCUUGAUUUGAGUUCCCACCAUUGUCGCACUUGGUAAGGGGGUAGGUAAUGUCCUCAUGAGUUGUCGGACGCCCACAUAAAGAAGCUUUGUUUUGUCAGGGUUAAUGAGCAGCGAAUUUCUACAGCACCAAAUCGACAUUUCUUCAAGAUCUUCGUUUACUGCAGAGAUAACGUCGACAAGUUCGCUGCCGGGGAACCCAGGGAAGAGCGACCGCCGAGUGGUUCGCAAUGUUUUGGAACUCGAAAGAGGUCGUUUACAUACAAUGUAAACAACACCGGGCCCAUGAUGGAUCCUUCCGGUACCCCAACCGUAAGGGGUAAGGGUUCACACUGUUUAUUAAAGUCCCGUUUAUGAGGAGAAAAUCCAUCUGUCCAGAGAAGAAGGGUCACGUUCCGAUCCAAGACAACUUUAGCAAGCGCCUAUAAAGCGAUUUUCGUAUGACUUUCGGUAAGUGUUCAAUAGUUGUUUUAUCGGCCAAUGGGUGAAACGAUCAAAACAUGGACUCUUCGUUUUCCCGCCAAAGAAAACCCUAAUGUGGCGAAGGCAUUGUUGGCAUUGCUGGCCAAUCGUGUUACAAUAUUACGUCAAGGCGAAGUAUCGGUUGAUUUCGGGCAUGAAGUUUUUCCACACGAGCGUUGGCUUAACAAACCAAAAGCCACACGCGCGCGUUUGAGUCCGUUCGAUAAACCAAUCAAAUCGCUCUAGUUCCGUUUGAUUGUCGUUUCUGUUUUGUUCGCGCGUUUUCAUUUCAAGGUCAUACGAAAAUCUCUCUAUCAGAAAAAAGUUCGGCCCCCUUUGCCCGGAGCCAAUGCUCGCCCAUGCUCUUAUUGUCUCGCCUUAACCGAGUUGGCGAGCCAGAGAAUGACCCUCAAGGCGUGACAUAAUAGAGUGACCCACUUAGCCGGCUCACCCUACUAGCUAAGCAACCUUUUUGUUUCUCAUGUUAGUGGGUCACCUCGUUUUGUAGGGAAACGUGUAAAAAGUUGGCUCGCCCAGGGUAGCCCGGGCAGGUGGGUGACCCUUCUAGCAUGACUACUGUUCUCCAUAUAAACGGGGCAUAACAAGACUUUUCCUGUUCCUUUGUUCUAGCUGUUAGACUUCUCGAACCUUAUCCAAGCAACCCAUUCCCAAUAGCAGGAUCAGAACUCUCCUCAACGUGCGUUUUCGAAGGGGAUAAUGGAAACCCGCCUGAGAGAGUCAAGUUUCAGAGGAAGUCAGGUCCGUUUUGGUCAGAUAUUCCUGACAGUGACAGAGUCUAUCAGACGAACAAGACAUCGGGUAAGACCUAUGAGUUAUGAUCCUAGCUUCGUAAAUAUGACGAUUAUUUGUAACCUGUAUUGCUGGAGGGAAGCGAUUAGACCAUCGUCAAAGUGGGUGCCAGCCAAAAAAGUUGAAGUUUCAUCAUCAUCAUCAUCAUCAUCAUCAUCAUCAUCGUCGUCAUCGUCGUCGUCGUUAAUUGAUUCAAAGUCAUCAUUAUUUUCCUCAUUCUUGACUGGCUUUUUUAUCAUCAUUUUUAUCGCUAACCAGGGAAGACUUGUUUGCUCUCCACGAACAAAAGCCAAAGUGAUUAAGAUUGGUCGGGAGUAAGUCUCAGUCCAUGCUAUGAUCGUCGGUCUUCAAAAAACGUACGUAAAAGAACCGGGUGCGAUAUCUCUAUGAUAAAAUUCUUCGUUUCGUCAUGAGAUAGAGUCAACACUUUAAGAUUAGCCUCAGGAAAUCACUUAGCUAAGAAACUAUGAGAUCCUUAUUGGCUGUAAAUAAUCAACUUGCCUCAAGGUUAUUGCGCUCGAUAAGCACACGUAAGGAAAACCAGCAGUUUGUCUCCUGGCAUCCGCCAUGACCAGACGCAUCCAUCUAUGUUCACACCGGAAAAAAAAGUUUAAACACUAUACUAUAGCCAAGUGUCGAAUUUUCCGAUUGAAGAGAAAACUGAUUUCUGAUUGGCGUCAAUGUUGCUUUGUCUUGAGCUCAGUAUUACAGUCAACUUGACAGCUCUCGUCUUACCGGGACACUUAAAUGUUAUAAACACCACGCAGACAGCAGCCAAAUUCCCCGCAAAAAUGAAUUACAGUUGUGAACUUCUGACUAAAAGAAAUUCUCGCUAGUCCAUGGUCUCCCGCUAUCUGGGACACCAAUAAUUGCUGUCAACUUACGGUGUCAUAAAAAAGUGAGUUGACUCUGCAAGCUUUCACUCUCUCUCCACCGAAGAAACCCAGCAUCUAUCUACACUAGCUACAGAAACCUUACAUGACCUUAGUGCAUGCGGUACCCUACUUAAAUCCCACACUGACUGAUCAAGACCGCAGACCAAACCUUACAGGGGUCUAGUGUUAAGGACAACAGCAACUGGCUUGCUGCAGUUUCUUAAUUCUCGUUCAUUUACUUCGAUUUUUCCUUGUUAUUUGACCAGGUGAUAAAGUAACUGUUACGUUAAACUUUAAAAAUGUAACAGUACAAGAUGAUUUACAGUUCGGAAGAUACUCCUGCGUUGGUUUCCCUCAAGGAGUUGGCCUGUACAGAAUUGGAUUCGCAAUAAGAGUCACACCAAGUAAGUCAACAGCGAUGUUCAUAAACAGAAAUGGUCUAGAUAAAUAAGGCUUUAAACUGACAGUUAAUGAGUGGUUGAGCUGUCCGCAAUAUGACUGCAAUGGCGGAUACAGGGAGGGGCCCGGACUUCCUCCCCCCCCCUCCCCUCAGUUUAGACCAAACGGAGGCCCGAAGGGCCGAGAAAAAUUCUUUUUGCCACCCUUAUAACAAUAAUAAUAAUAAUGAUAAUAAUAAUAAUGAUAAUAAUAAUAAACUUUCUUUUUAUAGCGUCUAUGUCAUUAACUGUUCUAGGCGCUUUACAAAAAUGUAUUAAAACGCUAAAAAAUCUAACAACUACAGAAUAAAAAUCUAAUUAUAAAUUAAGAAAAAGCUUGGUGAAAUAAAUGUCUUUAAGUGUUUUUUGAAAGAAUUCAAGGAAUCGGCUUUUCGAUCACCGUAACACUUUAGCUUAGAUCUCGGACCUGAAGUAACUUAUUCGAGCAAGAACGCAACGAGUAGGAGCUGCUACAAAAACUGAGCAAACUGGAUAUAUAACUUGGUGAAAGUCCUCAUAAAGCCUUAUAUACUAACAAUAGGAUUUUAAAAAUAACACGGUAUUCAACAGGCAACCAAUGUACAUGUAAGUCUGGGUGUUAUCUCAGGGUCUGGAACAACUGGGCCCAGAACUAAAAAUCAAACAUGGAUCACCGAAGAUAAAACCCUUCCAAUUUUAAGUUUAAGUUUAUUUUUGUCAGAGACACUAAUACUUGUUUUUUCUCAGGAGAGGACCUACCAGUUGCCCGUGUGAUACCGAAUAUGACUGUAUCAUAUGGAGACACGGCGAGACUCUAUUGCAAUCUUACCCACAAAAAUAACGAGACGACCACACCCAUAGAAAAGGUCACCUUCCUGAAAAACGGCCGACCAGUGAGACAGACCAAUGACAUAAUGCAGCCAUAUAUCUUAGCUGAUAUCGAAUCGAGGGAUGGAGGCAAUUACGGCUGCCUGAUAACAGUGUUUCUUCGUACAUUUCAACCAUACAAUAUAACACCGACUUCAACGGCUUAUCUACAUGGUGAGAGAGAGUAAACAUGCACCCAAUUCUCCCCUCAAUUUCCAACUGCAUGUUUCUCUGUAUACUUUCAGAAUUACGCCACAAGUAGUAUUAAGGUGUUUUCUUAGCUUUACGAUUUUGCUUUUGUAUUGAGCCUUAUUUCUAUGCAGUGAUAGGAAGGAAGGAAGGAAGCGAGGAUUUGCCAUUAAGAUUUCAGGUUAAGUUCGCUAUGAGAAACGACUAGAAGUGUUUAUUUUAACUGAAGAAAAUAGUACGCUGAUCUGUCUUCUCUAUUGCCUGAUAUCAUCCUUUCCAGAAAAACAGGGGUAAUUGCAUCAGGCACGCAGGAAAACGGUAUGAGCUCACUUGGAUGGAGAGUCUGUUACUGGUGGUUUUUGGUUUGUUCGAAGUUGUUAGUAGCCUAGAAAGAGGGGAAGAUCUACAAUCUUAUAAAAAUCCAUAACUUUACAAUCAGUAUAGCCAUUUUACUACGGUCCAGUUUUCCCAGUGCUUGUUCAUGAUACAUCUACUUAUCGAUGUUUUUUCUGCUCGACAGUGCGCAUUAGAUUUCCAUUCAAGGAGUCAAAGGUUGUCGCUGAUGUUGGCGACAGCGUGAGUUUGGUGUGUAGUGCUCAAGGCUUCCCACUGAACGUUAUAUGGAAAAAAAACCAGGCUGGAUCAAGCGCGGUCAUCAAACGUAAGACAAUUUACGCAACCAUAAACUUAGGCCCUGUCCUUACUACUGCGUUUUCAAAAGUAUGCCUUUUUUUUGUUGUCAUCGAAAACGCAUCGAUCGAUUUGCGUCCACAAUACCGUUUUUAUGCAAUUUCGACAGUCGGCACUAAAACGCUCAAAAACGAUAGAAUAGCACUUCGUGACGUAAGUUGAACUCCAUGCGAAUCAUACAGCAAACACACGUGCCUGAGAUAUUUUCGGUCAUCGCUUUCAGUUCGAUGCGUUUUCGACUGUUCACACUGAAAUGAGGUGUAUGCAUUUUCGUUUGAUCCACUUUCAAGAGCGUUUUCAAAUCGAUACGUUUUCGAUGAAAACGCUCAGCGUAUUAGUGUGGACGGAAGGCCUAAACGCAUCGAAAUGUAUGCGGCUUCAAACGAAAACGCAUUAAUGUGGAGGGGGGCCUUAGCAACGUCCUUUGGAUUUAUAAAGCUGAGUAACUGAUUUCAGUUAAAUAAAACUGAAAGGAUGUUGAACUUUCUGCCUUUCAUCCUGCAUAGCAGGCGCAAGCAGCAAACGUAGACCUCAAAACGAAGAAAAAAAAGUCAAGUAGUUUCCAUUUAAUUUUGUUCUAGUUUUUUAUAGUCACUGGGAUAGUAACAUAAACUGGAAGGAAAUAUUUCAAAUAUCUCUGCUGGUAAAGUUGUGACCAGUUUGUUCUACAUAACAAAAAGAGAGAGAACGUACGGGAAAAGAUUCAAAACACGCCGGGUCAGCUGUCAUCAAAAAGUGAUCUCUUUCAAACUAGUUUUUAACGGUUUGAGCUGAGACUUUGCACGAUAAUAGAACUUUGUUUUCCCAACAAUCGUAUGUUUUUGGAUUUUUGAUUUUAACGGUUUUUGGCGCGAAAAUGACGUCAUAAGAUUGACAGCAAAAUAUAAGUUUCAACUUCUGCCAUAACAGGUUAGCAAGUUUGAAAGAGUACUCAGAGAAGAACUUGAAUGUGAAAAACGUUUUUGAAAACCUCAUUUGGUUAAGAAGAUAUGACAUUCUAAAGAUCACCAAAUUUCUAAAAAUAGUGACAAAAUGGCGGAAAAUACGAAAUUCACCGCUCAAUAACUUUUCAACCAAUUAAGCUUUACAAAUACUUUUUUCACAUUUGAGCUCAUCUCUGUAAGUUCUUUUAACAGUUCCAGUUUUUUACGCCAUAAGUCGAAAACUAUUUUUUGCUGUCAAUCUUAUGACGUCAUUUUCGCGCCAAAAACCGUUAAAAUAAAAAAUCCAAAAACAUACGAUUGUUGGGAAUGCAAAGUUCUAUUAUCGUGCAAAGUCUCAGCUUAAACGGUUAAAAAUUAAAAAACUAGUUUGAAAGAGACCACUUCUUGAUGACAGCUGACCCGGGGUGAAAGUGGGCGAACGAUAUAUGAAUGUUUUCUUUGUUAUUCGCUUAGCAUUUCUCCAGCCUCCGCACGACUUUAAUGUAUGAUGAAGAUGAGAUGGUAAAAAUACGGAAGAGUCUAAUGUAUAACAGGAAUAAUAAGCAAUAAUUUAUAAAAGUACUUGGAACCUCCGAGAUCAAAUAUUCCAGCUUACUAAUCAGACAAUUAUGUCGCUUUCGUGCGUAGCCUCCUAAGUCUUAAUGGGCUUCCGCUAUUGAUUUGUAUGAAUUAAUAUAUACGACUGUAUUUUUGUUUUCAGCCGGUGGCCGGUUUAUCCUGAAAGAACUGUGUCGCUACUGUCAAUCAGUGCUCGUGAUCCAAAACGUUACCGCGGCAGAUUCUGGUGACUACUCUUGCAGUGCUUUUGGUCAUCCGGGCCAACAUAUUUUCCUUGUGAAAGUGAGAUCAAACUCAACGGUGUUAAUCGGCGGUGAGUAAAAAUAAAACAGCGUUGUUUAUCUGGCUCAAGCCUCAUUCAAACCCGCGAGUUUAUCAUUAAUUGGAGGGUAGUUUUCCUCUGCGACAGUUUUUUCCGUGAAAAACUGUUUUGUUGCAUGGGUUGUGUAGGUGAAAAAUUGUAAUGACAUGCAAGAUCAGAUUGUGUUAAGGUAAGAUAGGAGUACGGUGUAGCGUGAUGAGACCACCUUACAAACAGGGCUUUAAACACAGCAGCGUGUACGAUUUCAAGCCUGUUUAUUCAACAAAAUUAUAAUAAACAGAUUAACAGACUGAAUCAGUACAAAAGGCGUUCAUUCAGUUCACUUGUUAAUCAUUGGAAUUGUCGGCAGAAGAGUCUCCAUUCAAUAGCAGGAUAAACUGCCAAAUUGGCCAUGAUUGCGCUAGUGCGGAAUUUAGCGGAAAAUGAGACCCAAAACUAGACCGAACAAUCUAAUGCACUGUGAAAUAUAGCCGACAGAGCCCUUUUAAGGUGCUAGUACACAAAAGUGAUGCUCUGUGAGACGUGAAGAAACUUAUUAAAACAUAUGAAAACCGUGCGUUAUAAAACCAAAACGCCGCAAUCCGUAAAACUAACCCGGCAGGUCUGCUAAACAGUCCUGAAGUCCCCCGCCCGUCAGUGUCAAUGACUAGGAUAAACUGAACUUAGUGACCACUUUUUAAUUUAUUUUGUAAACAUCGCGAUAAAUUAGCCUUCGUCGCAGAGCAUCCUUGCGUAUUCUGUAUUUACCUCUCGGGUGUCGAGUUCGGCUGCAAUGCGCACGCAGGUUACGAUGAAUGUGCAACGAGACAUUAUCGCGGGGAAUUGCUUUUCCCGCAGUUUUUGUAACCAUGAAAAUCAAUAUUGUUAUUUCUUUUCACUUUCAGUGGCAACAGCGACCACCACCACUCGCUACGUGACAGCAAUUUUCCCAGCAUUCUUCUGGAUUUGGUGGCCUUUUUAGUCAAGGUGCCCAUUCAAGUCAGGAUGUCAUCAGUGCUUCGUUAUUACGAAAAUGCUAGGAUAGGAUAAUAGCCAUGAUAGUGAUAAAGAUAAUGAUAAUGAUAAUGAUAAUGAAAAUGAAAAUGAUAACGAUAACGAUAAUGAUGACGAUAACGAUAGCGAUAGCGAUAAUGAUAGCGAUAAUGAUAACGAUAAUGAUAAUGAUAACGAUAAGGAUAAUGAUAACGAUAACGAUAACGAUAACGAUAAUGAAAAUGAUAACGAUAACGAUAAUGAUAAUGAUAAUGAUAAUGAUAAUGAUAAUGAUAAAAUCAUAUUGCGAAGCUAAAAUUAAUAAAAUACACUGUCAAUUUUGGUUCACCCCUCGCCUAUUUGCGGCAACUUAUCAGUCAACUAGAUAAUACCCAGUAGAGCAAAUUCCACAGAAAUUCUACCAGGCGUAAAUACAUUUUGCCAGUAACAAUAAUACAUAAGUAUUCAUAGACAGGUUCCCAUGCGAACUGAAGAAAAAGUCUCAAGCUUAUAGUGUCAAAUAGACCUUGGGUUUGGAGAACUAAGGAU